GGGUUAAAAGACCAGGUACUGGUUUGAGCAGCGUUCUUGGUAAAAUUGGAAAGAAACAAAAAAUUGGAACUUUGGAAAAAUCUCGUUUAGAUUGGAAUUCGUUUAAAUCGGAAGAGGGAAUAGAUGAAGAGUUGUCACAGUUUAACAAAGGAAAACAAGGUUACUUAGAGAAACAAGCUUUCUUGGAGAGGACGGAACACCGACAAUAUGAAAAGGAACGAGAUGUCAGACUUGGAUUCUCAAGCAGUAAACGAUGAUUUUAAUUGACUAAUCAGUAUGCGAUAGUAUCAGAUUGUUACAGUAGCGUAACUCCUUCAGUAUGGUGUCAGUCAUUUUCACUUUCCACUGCUUUGGUUUUAUGUAUGUCAUAUGAUAAUGCACAGUCAAACCGACACAUGUGUUAUCUGAAAAUUUGUUCUGAAAUGUUAUCAAGCUUGUUGUUAGUUUGAUGCACUGGUGUAAAACUGUUUUAGCUGAGCAAGAUUUUUGAAAUAACUAAAUAAAAAAAAUAAUAAAAAAAUUAACAUAUAUUUGCUACCUACCAGUAAUUAGCAAACUAUCUAAAUUGUUUGCAAAAAGUUUGGCGGGUACGCUGAAACAAAUGGUUUAGGUGAGCUUCAGAUUUAGGUGUCUAUCAUUAUCUGAGAAAGGGAAAGAGAACACUCAUAAAUAAGCAUAAUAAAAGCAUAUGGUGGCGUAUUAAUGUACACAAGCCUUGCCUCUUAUGCGAACUGAAACAAAUCCACAAUCACAAGGCGGGUUAAGGAAUUUGAGAAUUCAAAAGCUGAACUUUUAUUUAGUAGUUCUAUGCAGGUUUCUAGCUGCUAACAAAUCAGUGGGUUUUGCAUCUCAAAAAACAAGAAACGAUGUGAUUUCAUUGUUUUUGAGUGGCAGAAAUUGCUGAAAUGACAAUCGUAAAACGACCAGCUGGAUUAUUAACUCCUGCUAUCGCCAGACAUGGCUGAAAAGAGAAAUUGCAAUGAAAUAUGUAGUCUAUGUUUACUGUUCAUUUCACUAUAAACUGAAUUAUGACUUAUAAUUUUAUAAUCAAUGAAACCAAAUGGAUAUUCCUGUUUCUGAAAAAAUGGCACAAAAUACUUGUUCAUGCUUUGCACUGUACAGAGUCUAGACAGGGGCAUACCAAUUAUAGGAUAUGGUUGGAAGAUGCAACCAUACGUGAAGAUAGGAAUUAGUUUUGUUAAUAUUUAUUGUCAAAGUUGUUAAGACUAGCAGUUAUAUUGUCUUUGAGACAAACAAAGCAUGAUCUGACUGCUAAG